UGCCAGUCACAUGGUAUUUGUUAGGGUUUUGAUUUUCCAUUUUCAUAAAUAUGAAUUUAAUCUAUUUUCUUUCCAUUGUCAGCACAUUAAUUCAUUCGGUACAUACAGAUAAAAGACCGAACAUUGUGUUCGUUUUAGCAGACGAUUAUGGAUUUCACGACAUUGGUUAUCAUGGAAGUGAAAUAAAGACGCCACAUUUGGACAAACUUGCCGCGGAAGGCGUCAAACUUGAGAAUUAUUAUGUCCAGCCAAUAUGUACUCCGUCAAGAAGUCAGCUGAUGUCCGGCAGAUAUCAAAUUCAUACAGGUCUACAACAUUCCAUUAUUUGGGCUUCUCAACCCAACGCCUUGCCACGAGACAGUCCAACACUAGCUGACAAGCUCAGCGAGACCGGAUAUUCCACUCACGCGGUUGGGAAGUGGCACCUCGGUUUCUACAAAGAAGAAUAUCUUCCUACAAGACGUGGCUUUGACUCCUAUUAUGGUUACCUGACAGGCAGUGAAGAUUACUACACUCACAGGCGAUGUGAUAGGCAACACCAUGACAUGUCAGAGCUGUUUGAGGAUCCAUAUAUUUAUGGGACAGAUAACCAUGGACAUAAUGCCUGGUGUGGCUUGGAUCUGCAUGAGAAUGAAAAACCUGUAUUUAAUGAGUCUGGUGUCUAUUCAGCACAGAUAUUUACACAGAGAGCCAUUGAUAUUGUGAAAAAUCAUGACCAAACCAAGCCAUUUUUCCUCUAUCUAGCCUACCAGUCUGUACACAUGCCACUACAGGUUCCAAAGAAGUAUUUAGAUCAGUAUUCUUUCAUCAAAAACCGUAACAGAAGAGUGUAUGCAGGUAUGGUGUCUUGUAUGGACGAAGGAGUGAAGAAUCUGACUGAUGCAUUAAAAGCCACUGGGCAGUGGGAAAAUACCAUUUUGAUCUUUUCAACAGAUAAUGGAGGUCAGAUUUUAGCAGGUGGGAACAACUGGCCUCUCCGAGGUUGGAAGGGUUCACUUUGGGAAGGAGGGAUACAUGGAGUUGGAUUUGUCCAUGGGACAAUGCUCACAAAGAGGGGUGUUGUCAACAGUGAGAUGAUGCACAUCUCGGACUGGUACCCGACACUGGUCGGACUUGCUGGAGGAAAUCUGAAUGGCACCAAACCAUUGGAUGGUUUUGACCAAUGGGCAACUAUCAGCCAAGGAAAGCCGAGUCCUCGAAAAGAACUUCUUCACAACAUUGAUAUCCUCUUUCCGAAAGUUGGCGCUCCGAUGUUUAUCGACACAUUUGAUACCAGAAUCAGAGCAGCAUUACGUGUUGGAGACUGGAAAAUUAUCACAGGAAAUCCAGGAAACAGUAGCUGGAUUCCACCACCACAUGCCCCACGGAACAUGACAUCAAAACAUAUCAACGUCGGUGACCAGAAAAAUGUCUGGCUCUUCAAUAUCAAAGACGAUCCUAAUGAACACAAUGAUAUGUCAGAUCGCUACCCGAACUUUGUACACAGAAUGCUUGAUCAUCUCUUGUCCUAUAACAAGACGGCGGUGCCUCCCCGGUUCCCGCCACCAGACCCCCGGUGUGAUCCCAAACUGCAUGGAGGGGUCUGGGGGCCCUGGGAGUAGUCAGUAGCAACAGACUGUGUACAGUGCACCCUGGUCCAAGAUAAUCUGUUGAAUAAUGUUUGAAAAACCAGUUAUAUUUAAAUUUGUAUUAUUAGGUCCCAGAGGACCUGUUGAAUAAUGUUUGAGAAACCAGUUAUAUUUAAAUUUGUAUUAAUAGGUCCCAGAGGACCUGUUGAAUAAUGUUUGAGAAACCAGUUAUAUUUAAAUUUGUAUUAAUAGGUCCCAGAGGACCUGUUGAAUAAUGUUUGAGAAACCAUGGUUAUUUUUAAAUUUGUAUUAAUAGGUCCCAGAGGACCUGUUGAAUAAUGUUUGAGAAACCACGUUUAUUUUUAAAUUUGUAUUAUUAGGUCCCAGAGGACCUGUUGAAUAAUGUUUGAGAAACCAGUUAUAUUUAAAUUUGUAUUAAUAGGUCCCAGAGGACCUGUUGAAUAAUGUUUGAGAAACCACAGUUAUUUUUAUAUUUGUAUUAAUAGGUCCCAGAGGACCUGUUGAAUAAUGUUUGAGAAACCAGUUAUAUUUAAAUUUGUAUUAAUAGGUCCCAGAGGAUCUGUUGAAUAAUGUUUGAGAAACCACAGUUAUUUUUAUAUUUGUAUUAAUAGGUCCCAGAGGACCUGUUGAAUAAUGUUUGAGAAACCAGUUAUAUUUAAAUUUGUAUUAAUAGGUCCCAGAGGACCUGUUGAAUAAUGUUUGAGAAACCAUGGUUAUUUUUAAAUUUGUAUUAAUAGGUCCCAGAGGACCUGUUGAAUAAUGUUUGAGAAACCAGUUAUAUUUAAAUUUGUAUUAAUAGGUCCCAGAGGAUCUGUUGAAUAAUGUUUGAGAAACCACGGUUAUUUUUAUAUUUGUAUUAAUAGGUCCCAGAGGACCUGUUGAAUAAUGUUUGAGAAACCAGUUAUAUUUAAAUUUGUAUUAAUAGGUCCCAGAGGACCUGUUGAAUAAUGUUUUGAGAAACCAGUUAUAUUUAAAUUUGUAUUAAUAGGUCCCAGAGGACCUGCUGAAUAAUGUUUGAGAAACCACAGUUAUUUUGAAAUUUGUAUUAAUAGGUCCCAGAGGACCUGUUGAAUAAUGUUUGAGAAACCACAGUUAUUUUUAUAUUUGUAUUAAUAGGUCCCAGAGGACCUGUUGAAUAAUGUUUUGAGAAACCAGAGUUAUAUUUAAAUUUGUAUUAAUAGGUCCCAGAGGACCUGCUGAAUAAUGUUUGAGAAACCACAGUUAUUUUGAAAUUUGUAUUAAUAGGUCCCAGAGGACCUGUUGAAUAAUGUUUGAGAAAUGUUUCAGUAAUUCUCUCGGAUUGGAAUUGCAGACAACUUUGUUAUGGAAUAAAUGCUCAAUUUGAACAGUUUUCCUUAAAGGGGUGCAUUGCCCUGGCUACAGAUUUUCGAAGCUAUCUUACCGCUAUUUUAUCAUAAAACCAUCUUAGGAUAUGUUGUCACUACGAGACACGACGUGGCCUAUUAUUGUUUUACUCAUAGGCGUACAGGCUCCCAUUUUUGUAGGGAACAGGCUUAUUUUUGCCUGAAUUAACAAAAAAUGCACGAAUCCGCACAAUAACAUUUAUUCAUAUUAGUAUUACUACUAAACAGCUAUAUAGGGU